AUAACAAACCGAAGGUGACCGAAAAAGAGCGUUCAUUGAGAAAGCAGCUUGGAGUUGCUCGAAGUAGCUUUGACAGUUAUUUGUUGACAAAAAAUACGAGCUAGUACAACCAACCCCGAGCAAGUUCGAUCAAAGUCAUUGAACACAGCUAAAGUUUAGCAGAGGAAAGACAAAUCAGCGAGAAAAAAGUUUUAAAGUGCACGUGUUUUAGCGUUUGAAAAUUGUUAAUUUUACAGAUUUUAGCUAGAAUUCGCCAGUGGAACGUGAUUAGGAGCUAAUUUGUUAGAAAAAUGCUAUCAUUUGGACGCAUAAUUCGAACUUAUAGUUUAGUAAACAAAGCCAUUUCGGUGAAUCCGGGAGUGACCUCCGUUUUUGGUUCCUGUGAAAUUGUGCGACUGAAAUCGACCCGGCAGAAAGCUGAGCUGAAGCGCCGUCUAAAAGCGGAACAGAAGGCCAAGGAGAAGGAGGAAAAGGAUAAACAGGCAGCGGCCACUGCCGCUCCAGGAACGGGAGGCGCCAAGCCCAAAGCGGAAGCCAAAGUCAAUGAGGAGGAGAUUUCACCGAAUGAGUACUUCAAGCUGCGAAGUACCGCCGUGGCGGAAUUGAAGAAAACGGAAGGAACCCAUCCGUACCCGCACAAGUUCCAUGUGAGCUGCUCGCUGGAAUCGUUCAUCGAGAAGUACGACCAGCAGACGAAGGAUGGCGAUAUGUUGGAGCAGGAGUCGCUGUCGGUUGCGGGAAGAAUUCACGCCAUCCGAGAGUCGGGUGGCAAAUUGAUCUUCUACGAUUUGCGCGGAGAGGGCGUCAAGCUGCAAGUGAUGGCCAACGCCAAGCUGUACGAGAGUGAAGCGGCCUUCCUGGAGGACACUUCCCGUCUGCGCCGUGGUGACAUCGUUGGCGUCCAGGGCUAUCCCGGAAAGACCAAAAAGGGCGAGCUGUCGGUCAUUCCACGUAAAUUGAAACUGCUAUCGCCGUGCUUGCACAUGCUGCCCCACUUGCACUACGGUCUGAAGGACAAGGAAACGCGCUUCCGCCAGCGGUAUCUGGAUCUGAUUUUGAACGGCAACGUGCGCAACAUUUUCCUGGUACGUGCCAAGAUCAUCAGCUACGUGCGACAGUUCCUGGAUGGGAUGGGCUUCCUUGAGGUGGAAACGCCCAUGAUGAACAUGAUUGCCGGAGGAGCCACCGCCAAGCCUUUCAUCACGCAUCACAAUGACCUAAAUAUGAACCUCUUUCUGCGAAUCGCCCCGGAACUGUACUUGAAGAUGUUGACCGUCGGAGGGUUGGACCGGGUGUACGAAAUUGGCCGCCAGUUCCGUAAUGAGGGCAUCGAUUUGACUCACAACCCAGAGUUCACCACUUGCGAAUUCUACAUGGCUUACGCCGACUACAACGAUUUGAUCGAUCUGACCGAGAAGAUGGUGUCCGGAAUGGUCAAGAGCAUCCACGGUUCCUACAAGAUCAAAUACCACCCCGAAGGGCCGGAUGGCAAAGAAUACGACAUCGAUUUCACACCCCCCUUCAAGCGAAUUUCCAUGCUCAGUUCGUUGGAGGAGAUUCUCAAGGUCAAGUUCCCAUCCCCGGAAUCGUUCAACACUGCGGAAACGAACAAAUUCUUGAGCGAUCUCUGCAUCAAACACGAAGUCGAAUGUCCUGCGCCGCGCACGACGGCCCGCCUCCUGGACAAACUGGUCGGUGAAUUCCUCGAAGAGAACUGCAUCAACCCGACGUUCAUCUGCGACCAUCCCCAGAUCAUGUCCCCGCUGGCCAAGUACCACCGCAGUGCCGCCGGAUUGACCGAGCGCUUCGAGCUGUUCAUCAUGAAGAAGGAAAUCUGUAACGCGUACACCGAGUUGAACGAUCCGGCCGUCCAGCGCGAGCGGUUCGAACAGCAGGCAGCGGACAAGGCCGCCGGGGACGACGAGGCGCAGAUGGUGGACGAAAACUUCUGCACGGCGCUCGAGUACGGUCUGCCGCCGACCGGUGGCUGGGGCAUGGGCAUCGAUCGGUUGACCAUGUUCCUGACCGAUAACAACAACAUCAAGGAGGUGUUGCUGUUCCCGGCCAUGAAACCGGACGAUCCGAACCGAAGCCAGCAGCCAGCUGACGAGGCAGCGGCGGCAGCGGCCGGACCCGAGCCUACCAAGUAAGUGCGCGAACGUGUUUUACGUGUGUGUUUCUCUACCUGAUUUCAGUCAUUCACUCGUAUGAUGAUUUGAGGCCGGGAGAAGUUUAAAGUUGAACUGGGCGUUCCCAAUGCGCGGAGGUGGGAAUGCGAAAUAAAUGUGUACGAAUUAGACAUUUCGGAACGUACUCAAAGGAA